GUAUCACGGCUGGAGACCAUUGUUGGCUCGUGUGUUCCUCCAAACUCUCCCAUAAUGCAAAGAUGCUGGUGGCAGUAUUUUAAUGGCCAUUAACUCUCCCUUUCUAGAAGAACAGACCAGCAGAGGGAAACAGAUGCAUAAACAUUUCAGGGCAUCUUUCUCCUCGGCAGCAACAGACUCCUCCUAUUCCCCACGUCCAAUUAGUUAUUAUGGUCCGGCCCUUUAAGACGCAGCAGCGGGUCAGCAAGUAGUGUAGUGUUUCUCUAAUUGAACUUCGCCCAAUCAACAAUAACUCGUUAGCAGUGGCUUUCUUUUUCUUGCUGCUUGAGACAGCUUUUUUUCCCUUGCAGGGAUUCACCCCCCUCCAGUCUGUUACUUCCAAAAGAUCUACAUGGAGCUUGGCAGAGGAACUGCGAAUCUCUGAGGGGAAUACAGUCCGGCUGCCUUUGCAACUACGCCCGAAGCAUGGUUAUUUUGGAGGAAAGCUCUCAGGCGAACUAAGUUGCGGCAUUCGGCUUUAAGUGUCAAAAUAUAGAGGAGGUCUUCGAGAACGCCGAGCACCAGAAGAAACACUUGUGGACGCUUAAAACGACCAUUUGAAUGAAAUAAUCAACUUUGUGGAAGCAGCGAUUCUUCGGGACUGCGAUGACCUCCAGUAAAGACAUGAAGGCAGGUUCUGUGUUGCAGUCCAGCGGCGAGGAGAGGAGACGGGCUCCCUUGGACCAGCUGCCGCCGCCGGCCAACUCCAACAAGCCUCUAACGCCGUUCAGCAUUGAGGAUAUCCUUAACAAACCCUCGGUAAAGAAGUCGGUUGCCAGUAUCUGUCCGCCGAGAGUGCUGGAGAAAGUCACGGGCUCUAACGCGGCGAGAAACGGGAUCACCACUCCCUCCUCGCCGCUGUGCGCGCUGGAGGAGUUGGCCAGCAAAACGUUUAAGGGUCUGGAAGUCAGCGUUAUCCAGGCAGCAGAAGGUCGCGAGCAUCUAAACGCCUUCGGACAGAGACAGACGUCGAAAAAGAGGAGAAAGUCGCGGACGGCCUUCACCAAUCACCAGAUCUACGAGCUGGAGAAGAGGUUUUUGUACCAGAAGUAUCUCUCUCCGGCCGACCGAGACCAGAUCGCGCAGCAGCUGGGGCUGUCCAACGCGCAGGUCAUCACCUGGUUUCAGAACCGCAGGGCCAAACUCAAGCGGGACCUGGAGGAGAUGAAAGCGGACGUGGAGUCGCUAAAGAAAAUCACCCCACAGACCCUGCAGAAGCUCGUCAGCAUGGACAACAUUGAGGAUCCCCAGGGUGGGGGGCCGGAGGCCAGAUCGCCCAGUAUCUCCCCGACCUCGCAAGGACACCGGGCCUUCCCACAGUCCCCCUCCUCAUCCAGAGACCAAACCACGGAUGAAUUCUCGGAGGACGACGAGGAGAUCGAGGUGGACGAUUGACAGUCAGGGGGCCUGAGAUUUUCAUAAGCAGCAACAAAAAAGAAUAUUGAAAAGGGGGCAUUUUUCUUCCCAAACUUUUGCACGGAUAUUGACAAAAAAGGAGAAUAUACACAUAUAUAAACAUUUCAGGAAAGUUUUUUUUUCUCCUCCUCCUCUUUUUCUUCCUUCAUUUUAAUUUAUUAAUCGGACUUGUAAAGCCUUCCAAGUCUGUCGUUAAAGUUUCACCACAAUAUCUGAGGAAUAUCUGCUUUCCUUUCAGACAGACCUGACUGUUAUGGUACAGGAAGACUGAAAAUUGUGUAAACAUUUCAAUAUUUCACGUUCGUUUUUGGGGGGGUAUGUGGAAAGUUGUGCAAUGAUUUUUUUUGUUUGCCAUUUAUUCGCAUUCUUCUGUUUAAGGAAUCGGAUCUGCCAAAUAUUUAAAUGAAUCCCCUCCACCCCUUGUUUUUUUUUUCUCAUGCACAGCCUGGGGUCGAUGUGUCAGUCCAUCCCACCUUAAGUGUAAUACUAUUUUUAUUUUAUUUUUUAUUUUUUUGUCCUGAGCGAAACCUGUUUCUGCAAGCAUGCAGGCCUGUUCGCAGCGCAAAAGGAGGCAUCACUAUUAGUAUCGACUGCAAACUUUUACACGCUCUGAGUUCUGUAUAUAGAUCAAACAUCCUAUGCGAUAAUUUUAUUGUAACAUUCUAUUUAAUCAGCAUCUAUGUAAAUAAAGGUUAUAUGAUAUUUCAAGAA